AUGUCAAGUUUAGAUCAAGAUAAAAUUCAUCUACGGGGAGAAUAUGGAAAGGUUGGUGGACCAACUACGGUGGCCGGUCAAACACUCUCCGGUGUCCAAACUGUAGGAGAUGCAGUUACUCCAUUCGUCCCCUUAUUCAACAUGGUUACCUCCAUACUUUCUCAGAUGUUAUCAAUCUAUGAAAAUGCAAAAUGUAAUGAAAAAAUAUGUCUGGCUUUAUUAGAUCGUGUUGAAAUUGCACAAACGGCUGUUAAAUCAUUGCAACGAAAAUAUCAAGCAAAUGAAAAAAAUUUUAGGGAUCAAAAUUAUUAUUAUGCUUGGGUUAGAUUUGUUAAUGUUUUAGAUAAUAUUAGGAAAUUUUCUAAAGAAGUUACGCAGUUAACAUAUUUUCAAAAGUUUAUAAAUGCUAAUGCUGUUAAAGAUGCUUUUGAAAAAAAUAUUAAAGAAUUUGAAGAAGUUUGUAAUGAUUUGAAUUUUACUAUGGCCAUGUAUAAUGCUGAACAAAGAGAAAUUGAAGCAAAAAAUGUGGCAGAAGAUCUUGAAAUGUUGAAAAGGGUAUUGUAUGAUGAAAUCAAGGCUGAAAUAAGGUUAGCAAUAACGGAAGUUACUACAUUGGUGUCAAAUGCCAAUCAAUUAGGUUCACAAAUCAAGAGUGGUGAUCCCGUGGAUAAAACAGCUCCUAGAGUAGAUCCGGUUGAAUUAUCAGAACCAUAUGCUUCUAAUGAUAACGUUCGUGAUGAACCUUCUGCACGUCCUUCGGACAUAGAAAUGCAACAAAAACUUAAAGAUCUUUUUAAUGAACAUGUAUUUUCUAAAGGAAUUUCUCCUCAAAUAAAUCCUAAAAAAACCGACUCUGGUGAUAUUCCAGGUUUGGAACUUCCAAAAAGUUUUCAAGAAAAAGUUAGCCUUUCCGAUUCUCAACAAUCUAUUGAACAAUUUGAAACUCCUGAUGAAUGUGAUGUAAAGGCUGAACCAUAUAUUAAAUUAGCUGCUUUAAAAGGUCAGCCUAAGGCUAUUGUAUUUUUGGAUAAAAUUAAAGCUGAAAAGGCUAGGAAGUAA